CAUAUGGACGACGACGACGAAGACCACCGCCGCCGCCGCCGCGACCACCGCCACAACCUCAACCUUCCUCCGUUCCCCCCCACCAGUCCCCUCUCUCCUCCUCCUCCUCCUCCUCAAAAUUCCCCCGUCCCAAUUCUUCCCCACCCGCCCUUGGGAUUCUCCCUCCGCACUCCACAAUCCUAUUUCGUCCCACCCUCCUUAAUCUCCUACGGCUUCCCCAUUGGAAACGACCCUAUUAAUCCCCUUUUGCCUAAAGAUGAUGGCCGAAGAGGCUUGGAUGCUUGGACCACUAAAGUGGCUAGAAGUAAGAGAAGACUCGCCCGCCAAAGAAGCCUCAGUGUCGCUAAACCCCCUUCUUCUUCCUCCUCCUCUUCUGGGCUCGCCGGUAGCAGCGACCACCAUUCCAAACGAAUAACAGUAACCCCUUCUCAACCCAACAGAACCCACAAUCUCAAUCUCUCCACCCUCAGCACUCCAGAUAAGGUAUUGAGAAUAUUGCUGAAGAAAGAGCUGAAGAACAGUGAUGUCGGGUCUUUGGGCAGGAUUGUCCUCCCCAAGAGGGAAGCUGAAGAGAAUCUUCCAUUUCUGAGUGAUAAGGAAGGAAUGCAGAUUUUGAUAAGAGAUGUGAAUUCGAACAAGAAAUGGGCCAUGAAAUACAAUACGUGACGAUUGAUAAAGGGGAGAAGCAUUUAAUCCGAGACGAAAACGAGGAGAAAAGGAAAGAGGCGGCGGCAGCAGCAGCAACAGCUUCAGCUUACCCAAACAUGAACAUUAAAGACGAAGAAGAGGAUGACAAUUUAGCUCUGUUGAUCGAACAGCUCAAACACAGAUCAGAAGACGACGAGCUCCCACAGUCACCUUGCGCCACUAGCCUCCUACGUUCACGUUCAUACUUUGAGAGAGGGAGCUAUACGGGAACUGAAAAGGGGAAUGACAACAAUAAUAAUCAUAAUGAUAAUAAUGAUAAUAAUGAUAAUAAUGGGAAGGAAGUGGAAGGCUUUGAAGAUUGCUUUGGAGACCUUGAAAUUCUGCCGGAAGUUAGUGGGUUCAAAUUCCCUAUUCUAGACUAUUUGAGAAACGACAGAAUAUGAACAAAACAAGAUCAUAAACACAGUUGUUGUUGUUGUUAUUGUUGUGUACUGUUAUUAUAUAAUGCGUAUGUACUUAUGUCUUUUGUUGUUGUAUCGUCUCUGUCUAUAGCGUCUGGACUCUCUUGAUCCAAACAGCUGCUGCUGCAACAGAGAAAAUUUUGCUGUUUUGAAUCAUUUUGAACCUAUUGCAAGUGUUUUUGAGCUGAAAUUGUAAA